GAGAGAGAGAGAGAGACUAUACGUCCGUAUCCGUGUGGGUAUGGGAUACAUAUAUAUACUGUAUAUACACACACAUACACACAUACACACACAUAAAAACGUAUUUAUGUGUUCGGAGAGACUUUUAUACGUUAUAUAAAAACUUAUAAUAGAUGGGGAAGAGUUUAUAAGUUUCAGUUAGGCUUACGUAAACAAAAAUAUCCACACCAACCCCAAAAACCAAUAAAAGUAAAGCGUAUAUCAAUACAGAGUAUUUAAAGAAUCUUUUUUAAAAUUCACUUCUUGUUCAGCUUUCCAACUGUAAAGUCUAUUAGGAGAGAUGGGAGAAAAGGAUAUGACACUCUUUCGUAUAUUUCUCUUAUCUCUUCUUAUCUUUAAUAAAUAUUUAAGCAGUACUGCAAUGAAACCAGCCUGUCCUCCGUUCGAGUGUCUACAGCCAAACUAUUCAAUAUGCGAAAAUUUCUCUAUUGAAACUAAUGAAUCGAUGAAAAUAUGUGGAUUAGAAGAUUGUUGGAGGAAUAGAACUAUAAAAUAUCAAUUUCAUAUUCGAUCGCAAACGUUACAGAAUCUUUCGAUCUACUUUCAUCCAGAAUUUUUUAAAUGUUUACACAAUUCAAGUGUAAAAAUUCAAUCUAGAGAGGAUAUUGAUGAAACUCGGUAUCCAAUAACUACUUUAUCGAAAACUUACUGCUCAAGUAUAUCAUCUCGUAACUUUGUUAUGGAAGUUUAUCUCAACAUUAGUUGUUUGACAACGAAUUCCUAUUCCCUUCAAAUUCUUUACGGCGGUGAUUUUAUGCAAGUUUCGAGCAGCGUAACCCUUAUAAAAUAUGACGAUUUACCUGACAAAAUAACUUUGCCACAAACGAAAGAACUAUGGGAUAUUCCUAAUAUUGCACUCCUUUGUAUUGGAAUUUUUCUACCAACAAUCACCAUCCUUCUAUUCAUUUUAUACUAUUGUUCAAUGCGACGCAAGAUUAGGAAAAUGAAAAAUGAUCAAACGCCCAAAUCGCCUUUGACAAACUAUUACGAUGCUGUUGGAAAGCACGAUUAUAUAUCAACAAUAGACGUUGAGAAAAAGGUUAAUGACUCGAAAGUUACAUCGAAUCGACAGUCCUACAUAUCCAUUUCGGACGUUGAAGAAGGUAAUAAAAAUGCAAAGUUAGAAGAAACGAAUACGGAUAAAGGAGAAAUGGAAAAUUAUGAAAACGAUCAAUCAAGUACGGCGAGCUCUUACUAUGACAAUGCUCCUCAAAUGAGAUCAAAAACUGUUCAAGUUGAUGGAUUGUCAAUAGGAGGAUAUUCAUUAUUGAAUUUGUCCUCUGCAAAUGGUCGUCUAUGAAAAGCAUCUAGUCCUUGUGACGACUACAUAAAUUAGUCAAAGCCUUUAAUGAGUUAAAGUUCUCUUUUUCCUUACGUCCUUCUCUCCCUUUCUCUCUCUCUCUCUCUCUCUCUUCCUCUCACCGAGUUCUGAAAAAGAUUUUUACCAAAGAGAAACAAAACUGUAUUACUAUUAUUUCUACUUGGAAGGAUAUGAAUAAUUUCCCCAUUCCAGGAAAAGAGAAGAUUUGCUAUUUAUCAGCAAAAAUUUAGUUACUAAUAAUCAUCUAUUCUUCCUAGGAACUAUUAUAAAAGUUCAAUGAACUUUGAACAAUAUUAACUCACUACUUUUACAUAAGUUUUUGAACUAUUGUACCAGAUAAAAACUGCUGACUUUUACAAAAGUUCAGAGAGAGAGAGAGAGAGAGACAAACCUAAUGAUGAUUUAGCAUUUUUUUUAUUCUCCCGUUAGAGUUUAAGUUUAUGUUUGUAAAAUCUUAUUUAUAUUACAAACGCUUUUCUUUCAGCAGUUUGUUUAAAAGCUCGUUUAUUCAACGUUCAAGCAUUCUUUCAUUUGUUUUUUUUGUUGUUUGUUUCUGUUCUCAUGCUUUUUCUUAAUUAAUAAUGAUAAAUAGACAUAAUUAAGCCUAAUGUUGAGUAUACUGCCUACCACGAUGACAAUUGAAUAUUUAUAUGUCGAUUAAGGAGGACAAUGGCAAAUAGAGUAUUUAUAAAUAUAAACUGUUAAUUAUCUAAAUAGCAUGUGCAUAUUGUGGCCAAACUUUCGUACUUUAGGCCAAAAAAGCUGGCGUUAGUAUGUAAAUAAA